CCGCCGCCCGCCGCCCGCCGGCCCCGGGCCCAGCGCCGCGGCCGCAUCCCCGUCGCCGCCCCCGCCGCCGGGGACAUGUCUAACCCCGGGGGCCGGAGGAACGGGCCCGUCAAGCUGCGCCUGACAGUACUCUGUGCAAAAAACUUGGUGAAAAAGGAUUUUUUCCGGCUUCCUGAUCCAUUUGCUAAGGUGGUGGUUGAUGGAUCUGGGCAGUGCCAUUCUACAGAUACUGUGAAGAAUACACUUGAUCCAAAAUGGAAUCAGCAUUAUGACCUGUAUAUUGGAAAGUCUGAUUCAGUUACGAUCAGUGUAUGGAAUCACAAGAAGAUCCAUAAAAAACAAGGUGCUGGAUUUCUUGGUUGUGUUCGUCUUCUUUCCAAUGCCAUCAACCGCCUCAAAGACACUGGUUAUCAGAGGUUGGAUCUAUGCAAACUUGGGCCAAAUGACAAUGAUACAGUUAGAGGACAGAUAGUAGUAAGUCUUCAGUCCAGAGACCGAAUAGGCACAGGAGGACAAGUUGUGGACUGCAGUCGUUUGUUUGAUAAUGAUUUACCAGAUGGCUGGGAAGAAAGGCGAACUGCCUCUGGAAGAAUCCAGUACCUAAACCACAUAACAAGAACUACGCAAUGGGAACGCCCAACACGACCAGCAUCUGAAUAUUCUAGUCCUGGCAGACCUCUUAGCUGUUUUGUUGAUGAGAACACUCCAAUUAGUGGAACGAACGGUGCAACAUCUGGACAGUCUUCAGAUCCCAGACUGGCAGAGAGGAGAGUCAGGUCACAACGACAUAGAAAUUACAUGAGCAGGACACAUUUACAUACUCCUCCAGACCUACCAGAAGGCUAUGAACAGAGGACAACACAACAAGGUCAGGUGUAUUUCUUACAUACUCAGACUGGUGUGAGCACAUGGCAUGAUCCAAGAGUGCCUAGGGAUCUUAGCAACAUCAAUUGUGAAGAGCUUGGUCCAUUGCCUCCUGGAUGGGAGAUCCGGAAUACAGCAACAGGCAGAGUUUAUUUCGUUGACCAUAACAACAGAACAACACAGUUUACAGAUCCUCGGCUCUCUGCUAACUUGCAUUUAGUUUUAAAUCGGCAGAACCAAUUGAAAGACCAGCAACAGCAGGUGGUAUCGUUGUGCCCUGAUGACACAGAGUGUCUGACAGUCCCACGGUACAAACGAGACCUGGUUCAGAAACUAAAAAUUUUGCGGCAAGAACUUUCCCAGCAACAGCCUCAGGCUGGCCAUUGCCGCAUUGAGGUUUCCAGGGAAGAGAUUUUUGAGGAAUCAUAUCGACAAGUCAUGAAAAUGAGACCGAAAGAUCUCUGGAAGCGAUUAAUGAUAAAAUUUCGUGGAGAAGAAGGGCUUGACUACGGAGGGGUUGCCAGGGAGUGGUUAUAUCUCUUGUCACAUGAAAUGUUGAAUCCUUACUAUGGCCUCUUCCAGUAUUCAAGAGAUGAUAUCUAUACAUUGCAGAUCAAUCCUGAUUCUGCAGUUAAUCCGGAACAUUUAUCAUACUUCCACUUCGUUGGACGAAUAAUGGGAAUGGCUGUGUUUCAUGGACAUUAUAUUGAUGGUGGUUUCACAUUGCCUUUUUAUAAACAGUUGCUUGGGAAGUCCAUUACCUUGGAUGACAUGGAGUUAGUUGAUCCAGAUCUUCAUAACAGUUUAGUGUGGAUACUUGAGAAUGAUAUCACAGGUGUUUUGGACCAUACCUUCUGUGUCGAACAUAAUGCCUAUGGUGAAAUUAUUCAGCAUGAACUUAAACCAAAUGGCAAGAGUAUCCCUGUUACUGAAGAAAAUAAAAAAGAAUAUGUCAGACUCUAUGUGAACUGGAGAUUUUUACGAGGAAUUGAGGCACAAUUCCUGGCCCUGCAGAAAGGAUUUAAUGAAGUAAUUCCACAGCAUCUGCUGAAGACAUUUGAUGAGAAGGAGUUAGAGCUCAUUAUUUGUGGACUUGGAAAGAUAGAUGUUAAUGACUGGAAGGUAAACACCCGGUUAAAACACUGUACACCAGACAGCAAUGUUGUCAAGUGGUUUUGGAAGGCUGUGGAGUUUUUUGAUGAAGAACGACGAGCACGGUUACUUCAGUUUGUGACAGGCUCAUCCCGAGUGCCUCUGCAGGGCUUCAAAGCUUUACAAGGUGCUGCAGGCCCACGACUCUUUACCAUACACCAGAUUGAUGCCUGCACUAACAACCUGCCAAAAGCCCACACUUGCUUCAAUCGAAUAGACAUUCCGCCCUAUGAAAGCUAUGAAAAGUUAUAUGAAAAGCUGCUAACAGCCAUUGAAGAAACAUGUGGAUUUGCUGUGGAAUGACAACUUCAAGGAUUUACCCAGGACUCUAUUUAUACCCUGACAGCCUCCUUUCAGCAGAGUUUCAAGGAACGCUGACAUACAGGAAAAUGCACCCCCCUUUUUAAAAAAAAUUUUAGGAUACUGUGAGGGGAAAGGACAAUUCUGAAAUUCCUUUUCAAGGAAAAAAA